UAGCAUCGCUUUUCCUCGAUGGAAAUUCGUUGCCUUCCGUGCGACAUUCCAGGCCCCAAGUGCUCGCCCCAUCCUCCCGUCGGUUUGGAUGGAUUGAGUGUGUAACAAUGACGUCCACCGAGCUAACUGUGCCGAAGAUCGAGAUCAGCUUCGACACGCCGAACCGGGACCGCUUCCUGCGGGACGACUUUCGCAACAAGCGCGAAUCGUACGCCGUGCUCGGGCGCGGCAGCUACGGCGUAGUCAUCAAGGCGUCCUACCGUGGCCGCCCGGUUGCCGUGAAGAUCCUGGAGAAGCGAUCGCACCGUCACCGCUGCCGCUACGAUUCGCUGCUGAACGAAGCGAACGCACUGAACCUGCGGCACGACAACAUCGUGACGGUGCUGAAGAUCGUGCCCGGCGCACAGUACGGGCUGGUGCUGAUGGAGCGCUUCGAUGGCUACUGUCUGCAGCGUAUUAUUGGCCACCAGCGUAACCAUCCGAUCGCGGUUCAACACAAACUGCUGAUACUGUGCGAUAUUAUAAGUGGAUUGUGUUUCUGCCACCGGCACAACAUCGUGCACCUGGACGUGAAGCCCCAGAACGUGAUCGUAACGGUCAGUGGUGCGGCCGACCAGCCGGUGGCACCUGCCGCCGGCAACCUGCCGUUGCGCAAGUAUCUCUGCAAGCUGUGCGAUUUCGGCUCGUCGAUGAUGCUGCAGCCGUGGCAGCCGAACGAAACCCUAGUCAACCGUGGCACGAUUCGCUACAUGGCCCCGGAGCUGCUGCGCGGCACCGGCGGCUUUACCGCGCGGGCGGACAUUUACUCGUUCGGCGUUACCAUGUGGCAGUUGGACGAGGGACGCUUCCCGUACGAGGAGAUUACCUGCAACGAGGUGAUCGCGUACAAUGUCGUCAAGAAGGGGCUGCGCCCGGAUAGCAUUACCACGAUGGCGUUUGGUCGGCGUGCGACCAACCUGCCCGCCGGUUUGCGCGACAUCGGCUGUCUGCAUGGGAGUUUGCGUGGCCCCAUUUCGCUGACCGGCGGCGGUGGUGGUGGUGGGUCGAGCUUUACCGGCCGAUUCGAGACCGACGCCGUUGACGAUGUGCUCAAGCGCCAGGGCAUUGCGGUGGAGUAUCGGGCCAAGCGCCCGACCCGAGUCAUCUGCCCGACCGAGCGCCCCGAUCAGCCGAUGAACGAUCAAGAGCUGAACGUGGCACGGAUAAUGGAGAUGUUUGGGGGCAACUGCACCAUCGCCAACAACGAGCGCAUUCAGCUGCGACAGACGAUGCGCACACUGUACAGCAAGUGUUGGGCCAGCGAUCCGGCCUGUCGUCCCGAUGCGCCUGCCGUGCGGGCUGCCAUCCAUCAGGCGCUCGAGAAGAUCGCGCUCGGGAAGCGUGCCGGCAAAUGAGUGUUCCGCUCGUGUUCGUUCCAUUUUAAAGUGUGUAUUUUGUUUGUGUGUUUGUGUGUGUCGUUUUGUUUUGUCCUUUUAGUUUUUGUCGAAAGAAACCGAGAACAGCGGUUUGUGCGUGCGUGUCCAGCUAAGGUUAUAAUUUAGGUAAAUUAUGCAAAUGUUUUUAGCUCUGUAAGGGGUAGGGCGAGGGGGGCCAGUGGGUAGUUUCAUCGUUGUGCUAGCGCCGUAGCCAACG